GUUCAUCACUUUCCCGGCAAACUCGGCGGUGAACGGACGUUGUUUUUCUAGCGGCGUGUCUCUGUGUUGUUCCGGUUCGUUGGGUGGUGUACGCGCGCUACACAUGCAAGAGUUUAUGUGUGCAGCAUCUGUGCCGCUCUUCGAGUGUUGUUAAGAUCAUCAUCAUCAUCGUCAUCGGGCUGCCGCCGUCAUUGACAUUGGGUUGCUCGGGUUGCUUUUUCGGUACUUGUGUGAGUGUAUGUGCGAAGGAGGGAAGUAUUGAGGCAACUGCUUCAUGGUUUUGUAGACCUAGCACGGUUCCGUAGCGCUGUACAUUGUAUUGUGUACGCUAGAAGAACAUUGGUUAAGUGAAGAGACUUCAGUAGAAUACUGAUCGAUUGGUACAAGCCUUGUGAGGUAGUGAGGAAGAAUCGGAAGAAUAGUCAUCCAUCAUCAUGAUCAGCCUACCGGAGAACAUCGAGAAUAUCUGCAGGUUGUGCCUGUCGGAAACGGACGGUAGUGACAUGUUGCCACUGUUUCCGGUACGGGGCGGAAACCCCAACGCUCCGACGGCGGUUGUGUCCAGGAUUCGUUUAUGUACUACUGUUCAGAUCGAACACUAUGACGGAGCUCCGGCCACGAUUUGCGAGUACUGCAGCACCCGGCUCGAGGAUUGGCACGCAUUCCGGGAGCAGUGCAUCGGAACGGACGAGUAUCUGAGGGCCAACUAUCAGCACAUUUUCGCCCCAGGCGAGGCAGGAAUCGGCAGCAUGAAGCUCUAUCCGGUGCAACACCAUCCGCGUACCGUGACGCCAACGGCGAUGAGAAGGGGAGGCCCACAAAGGCAGCAGCUGAUGGAGUCCCCACCUCAACAGUAUCUAGAACCGGAAGUUCAGUACCAGGAAGGGUACGAGAUUUAUCAGGAUAACCAACAGAAUGGUGCCCUGCGCGUCGGGGUGGACGUUGGCAAUAACGAGUUCUUGGUUGCGGAAGAAGUAACGACGGAGGAUUUGAUGAAACAACAGUUCCAGUACUACGAGGACGAUAACGACUACGAUGGGCAACAGGAGGGAGACGUAGAAUUUGAAAAACCGCAGCAGCCACAGCCUCCCAGAAUGGGUCGCGCGAGAGUGCCGAAAUGGUCGGUUGAAUAUACUGCCAAGUUGAACACAUUGUUCCAUGUUAUAGGGGGAGAAAAACCUCACCAGUGCAAGGUAUGUCGCAAGAAGUUCCUGAGACGACCACAUUGCCGACGACACGUUGUCCACGCACAUAGUGAUGAAAUCGAGCAUGUUCAAUUGCCCAAAAAUUGGGCUGAUCAAGUAACGCCAAGGCCAAUUUUGUUUUCGAAUUCGGUAGACGCAGGUUCCCAAUCACCUCCUCCGGAGGAUCAUUUCGAACCAACUGGCGAAAGACCACACCAGUGUUCCGUUUGUAAGAGAUGUUUCAAACGGGCCCAACACCUCAGAAGGCACAAAGCAUCCCAUCUGCAGAUCGAAAUAGAUCGUUCCGAAAUUAUGCGGGGCAUUCAAAGUCAACAACAAGCUCAGCAACAAACACAAAAUCUUACAACACCUCAGGACGAUGACAUAGACGACGACGUCGACGAUGAUGACGACGUGAUUGCUCUCUCCGACGAUGAGGAUAUGGGCGAAGAAAUCUCACCGGAAGAAUUCAACGGACUCCACAAGCCGAGCGUGUCACCAUCGAAGAACCUAGCCGACCUUUCCCACUACUACGAACCACGGCCACCGAUUACCAAAAACAACGAACCACGUCGCAGGUGCCCUCCACUUACGAAACUUCCUGGCGAAAAGCCGUACCAGUGCAAGCUGUGCCUGAAAAUGUUCAAACGCUCCGAUCAUCUCAAAACCCAUCUGCUGACGCACUCGGAGAAUUUGCCAUUCAACUGCGAAUUUUGCCAGAAAGGAUUCCGCUACAAGCAGAACUAUCUUAUCCACGUGAAAAACAAGACCUGCUUCGGCCCUCGGGGUAAACUGCGCCCCGUCGAUUCGAUGCCAGCGCUGAAACCCAAACCAGGCCUGCUCAAGGUAUCUCGACGAUCUGUCACAAAUGGCGAUGGGGAGAUGGUCCUGGGAGACUAGGCCACAAAGUUGAAUCGAAUGUUUAGUCGUGUCAUGUUGAUUACUCGUAAGACUUGAAUGUUAUUAAUAGAUUUAAGAACGACAGAUAGAUAUAUGAUAGCAUAAGAGACAGAACAAUACAAAAACAAACUAAAGAGUAAGAGAAAAGAGGAAAAACAAACUGUUCGAUACGUAAAACAGUGACGAUCGUUGAAUAAACUUUGCAUUUAUUAUUCG